AGGCGUUUCCUUUCCUCUAGUUCACUGCAAAAACAAUGAAACCCUUUGAAGGGAGAGAAAUUUGAAGACCGAUAUAGACAUUUGAAGACAGAUAUAGACAUUUGAAGACAGACAGGAGAAUGCGCAGUGCCUUCUGUGUUCUUUUUUUACUUCGGUGCCUGUGACACGUAGCUUGAGUUCACUAUUUCGUCAACUUCAAAGCCACAACGAUUUAUGUUGAAUCUCUUAUUUCGAAGGGCAAAACAGAAUGAAUUUUAGAAAUGUUAGUUGAUUUAUGAAGGAUUUAAAUAGCUUGCUGUAAAAUAGUAAGAUAUUUUGUUUAGACGCGCGACAGUCGUAAACCGUAGCCUAUUGCCAAGCAAUAGAAGUUGAUGCAAGCCAAUUGCCGUCGGUAGAGUUGCUUGGUCAUUGGGAAGUUACCCGACGUGGAGGAUCAAUUGCAUUCAAGGAAGGACACCUCUUUGAGUUGGAAAUAAAGUUUAACUACAGUUCUGCAAACUCAUCGCGUGGUAGGCUAAAAUCUUGUUUGGCAGCGGGUCGCUUAUUUUGUUUUUAAGGACUUUUUUGUAAAGCAAUGGUGGGCAGACUAAACUUGCUGAAUGUAUGUGACGACGACCCAUUGGACAUGAGCUGCAAAGCCGAGCGGGGACUUGACAGCCCGGACUCCGGACUACCCCCCAGCCCCAGUCCGAGCCACUGGCUGCUGCCUGACUGCAGGGAUAAAGGUGCCAUAAGCCCGGUGUCUGAAGACGAGAGCAGAGGGUCAUCCUUGGUUCCCAUUUUAUCGAUUGGAUCUGUUCCUCAGCUGCACACCUUGUCCUACGGGGAGGGCAUAGAACUUGAUCCACAACUGACCAAGGAAAUACGAUACACAUCGUCUGUCCACUAUGACUCAGAGCGUCACUUUAUCCAUGACAUGGCCAUGCAGCCCAGAGGCCUGGGUCUGGAGAACUGCAGCCAGAUGGUGCUGGCUGUCCCUCACAGCACCUGGAGACACUACAAGACCCAGCUGGACUUCCAGCCUCGCCAACGGGCUCAGCGCUUCCAGAGCACCACCAUCGUCUACCCCAAGCACGCUCGCACCAUCUACACAACCGAGCUGAGCUACGACAGUCGCCGGCUUGCCAGGAGAUUCAUGUCGCGGGUGGAGCUGGAGGCUGCUGACCGGAGUAGGCUACCCCAGUAGGUUAGGGGAAGGCUGGGCACGGCCUGGGGGAGAAUUCCCUGGGCCCUGUGGGUCCCAACCAUCCACCAGGCUGACACUACCCAUGGACCCAGGUUACAGACAGUCAUCUAUUAGUUUAGAUUGGAAAGCAUUGUAGCCCACGUUUGCGUACCAGUCUCAAGAGGAGGGAGGAUUCUGAUCUGGCGUAUCAAACAAAUAGCAGGGACAUCUGCGUGAGGCUGCCAUCUACCAAAGGGUUUAUCCAUUAGUAGCUAGUAAAGAUAUUUCUCUGGUAUGUCAAAGUUGGAUUCAUUUUAAUGAGGAGUGUUGAACUGUGGACUGAGACCGGUGAUGGUGUAUACUAUCACCGUGAAGGAACUUGUAAACCAGAUUUGGAAGUGAAGGAUUGUUAGGAAAGUGUAGUCCGGACCAUCACUGUCAAAACAUUGUGUUUAGGCCUAACCAUUGCAGUGGGGCUCAAUGAACAAUGACCCUACAUUAUAAUAUUCUAAGGCUAUAGUGGAGUUUCCAUGUGGCUUUUGUAAGUAUUCACAUUUGUAGACACACAGGGAGUUGUCAAAUUACUGUAUAACUGGGCUUUAAAAUGUCUCUUCAAAUCACAGGGUAUUAUGGGGUAUUGGUUGCACAACAUUACUUACCACAAGCAGAAUAUCCUAGCCUGGAUAGUGUAACACCAAACCCCAUCUUAGUCUUGCCUAAACAAACACAUUGUCAUCUACUGUAAGUAUGGUCAUGGAGCAGAAAGACACAGUUUUUUUUCAAAUUGUGUAAAAGGGUUGCAAAUUAGAGCAAGUUCUGUGUUGAAUGUUGGGACUUUUUUUUUUCUCCCACAGAGAUCAUUGCAAAUUGAUGAAGUUGGUAAUAAGUAGCAAGAGAUUAUCCAAUGUGUCAUUAUUGUUCUGUUAUAAAGUUUUAGCAUUUUCCUAA